AUGGCGAUUCCAAAGAAUCACCAAGGACGUGGCGAGCUGGUCCUGCUGUGCACACUCCUGGCGAUAUUGUGGGAGCUCGGGACAGCACUGAUUAGCUACUCGGUUCCAGAAGAGGUGGAMAAAGGCACCUUGGUGGGCAACAUCUCCAAGGACCUGGGACUGGAACCCUGGGAACUGGCAGAUCGCGGAGUCCGAAUUGUCUCCAGAGGUAGGACGCAGCUUUUCUCUCUGAAUCCACAAAGCGGCAGCCUAAUCACUGCGGGCAGGAUAGACCGGGAGGAGCUCUGCGCCCAGAGCGCGCGGUGUCUUGUAAAUAUUAACAUCCUCGUUGAGGAUGGAGGAGAACUCUUUGGGGUAGAAAUAGAAAUAACUGAUAUUAACGAUAAUAACCCAAAAUUCCAUGUUGACGAUCUGGAAGUAAAAAUUAAUGAAAUCGCUGCUCCUGGAGCUCGGUACCCACUCCCAGAAGCCAUUGACCCGGAUGUGGGCGUGAACUCCCUGCAGAGCUACCAGCUCAGCCCCAGUCACCACUUCUCCCUGGACGURCAAACGCGAGACGAUGGAACCUUAAACCCGGAGCUGGUGCUGGAGCACACUCUGGACCGAGAAGAAGAGGCUAUUCACCACCUGGUCCUCACCGCCUCRGAUGGCGGCGACCCAYGUCGCUCUAGCACAGUGCGCAUCCAGGUGACAGUGCUGGAUACAAACGACAAUGCCCCGGUGUUUGCUCAACCGAUUUACAGAGCCAAAGUCCUUGAGAACGUGCCACCAGGCACCCUAUUGCUUACAGUAAGAGCUAGCGACSCGGAUGAGGGAGCCAACGGGAAAGUGGCAUAUAAAUUCCGGAAAAUCAAUGAAAAACAAUCUCCCAUAUUCCAGCUUAAUGAAAAUACUGGGGAAAUAUUUGUAGCAAAAAGUCUAGAUUAUGAAGAAUGCUCAUUUUAUGAAAUGGAAAUACAGGCUGAAGAUGUGGGAGCACUUCUCGGGAGGACCAAAGUGCUAAUUAUGGUGGAAGAUGUAAAUGACAAUAGACCCGAAGUGAUCAUCACGUCUUUGUUUAACCCAGUAUUGGAAAAUUCUCUUCCUGGUACGGUAAUUGCCUUCUUGAAUGUGCAUGACCAAGACUCUGGAAAGAAUGGUCAAGUUGUUUGUUACACACAUGAUAAUUUACCUUUUAAAUUAGAAAAGUCAAUAGAUAAUUAUUAUAGAUUGGUUACAUGGAAAUAUUUGGACCGAGAAAAAGAGUCUACUUACAAUAUCACAGUGACAGCAUCAGACCUAGGAUCCCCACCUCUGUCAACUGAAACUUAUAUUACCCUGAUUGUGGCAGACACCAACGACAAUGCACCCAUUUUCCCUCAUGCCUCCUACUCAGCUUAUAUUCCAGAGAACAAUCUGAAAGGAGCCUCUAUUUUCUCAUUGACUGCACAUGACCCUGACAGCCAGGAAAAUGCACAGGUCACUUAUUCUGUGACUGAAGACACCAUCCAGGGAGCACCCUUGUCCUCCUAUGUCUCCAUCAACUCCAACACUGGUGUCCUAUAUGCAUUGCGCUCCUUUGAUUAUGAGCWGAUCCAAGACUUGCAGUUACUGGUAAUUGCCAGUGACAGUGGAGACCCAUCACUUAGCAGCAAUGUGUCACUAAGCCUAUAUGUGCUAGACCAGAAUGACAACGUGCCCGAGAUCCUGUACCCAAMCCUCCCCACUGAUGGCUCCACUGGUGUGGAGCUGGCUCCCCGCUCAGCAGAGCCUGGAUAUYUGGUGACCAAAGUGGUGGCAGUGGACAGAGACUCAGGACAGAAUGCCUGGCUGUCCUACCGCCUGCUCAAGGCCAGUGAGCCAGGACUCUUCUCAGUGGGGCUGCACACUGGUGAGGUGCGCACAGCAAGAGUCCUGCUGGAUAGAGAUGCAUUCAAGCAGAGUCUCAUAGUAACUGUCCAGGACCACGGCCAGCCUCCCCUCUCAGCCACAGUCACACUUACUGUGGCAGUGGCCAACAGCAUCCCUGAAGUCUUGGCAGACUUWAGCAGUGUCAGGACGCCUGGGGUCUCAGAUGAUUCAGACCUCACACUCCACCUGGUGGUGGCAGUGGCUGUUGUCUCCUGUGUCUUCCUUGCUUUUGUCAUUGUGCUGCUGGCACUCAGACUUCAGCGUUGGCAAAAGUCUCGAAUGCUCCAGGCCUCUGGAGGUGGACUGACAGGUGUGCACCCCUCACAAUUUGUGGGCAUUGAUGGGAUACAAGCUUUUCUUCAGACCUAUUCCCACGAGGUCUCCCUCACUGCAGGCUCUCAAACAAGCCAUGUUAUCUUUCCUCAGCCUAACUAUGCAGAUAUGCUCAUUAGCCAAGAGAGCUAUGAGAAAAAUGAUUCUUUGUUAACACCCAUARAUUUUCAUGAGUGUAAAGAUGAAGUUGCUCAGCCAAUUUGUGCUCUGGAUUUUGAGGCUGUUGCUGAAAAUCCACUGAACUUUUACCACGUGAGUGUGGAAAUCGAGGACAUUAAUGACCACGCGCCAAAAUUUGCGCACGUUUUCUUUGAUCUGCAAAUAAGUGAGUCUGCUCAGCCAGGCACACGAUUUAUAUUAGAAGUAGCAGAAGAUGCAGAUAUUGCAUUAAACUCUCUACAGAAUUAUAAACUCUCUCCAAGUCCUAAUUUCUCACUGAUAAAUAAAGAGAAACAAGAUGGUAGUAAAUACCCGGAAAUGAUAUUGGAGAAAACCUUAGACCGGGAACAACAGAGUUUCCAUCGUUUAAUCCUGACUGCCUUGGACGGUGGAAAUCCACCCCUAAGUGGCACCACUGAACUACGGAUUCAGGUCACUGAUGCCAAUGACAAUCCCCCUGUAUUCAACCAAGAAGUGUACAGAGUCAGCCUUCGGGAAAAUGUGCCUCCAGGCACCGCUGUACUGCAAGUGUCAGCCAUGGACCAGGAUGAGGGAAUCAACUCAGAAAUUACUUAUUCUUUCUACAGAACCGGGCAAGUCUUUAGUAUAAACUCAAAGAGUGGGGAAAUUACGACUCAAAAGGUACUGGAUUUUGAAGACACUAAAGAAUAUUCUCUCUUAGUAGAAGGACGGGAUGGUGGAGGACUGGUCUCACAAUGUACUGUUGAAAUUAACAUUCAAGAUGAAAAUGACAAUAGCCCAGAAGUUACAUUUCAUUCUCUGCUUGAAAUGAUUUUAGAAAAUGCAGUACCUGGAACACUAAUUGCUUUGAUCAAAAUCCAUGAUCAAGAUUCUGGGGAAAAUGGGGAGGUUAAUUGUCGAUUAGAAGGUGAAGUCCCAUUUAAAAUCAUCUCUUCAUCUAAAAAUUCUUAUAAGUUGGUAACGGACAGGAACUUGGAUCGAGAGCUGACCCCGGAGUACAAUGUCACCAUCACUGCCACUGACAGGGGCAAACCGCCCCUUUCCUCCAGCAUAUUGGUCACCUUAAACAUUGGAGACGUCAACGAUAAUGCUCCAAUUUUCCGCCAGGCCUCCUAUGUAGUCUAUGUAGCAGAAAACAACCCUCCUGGAGCCUCCAUCGCUCAACUACAGUUCUACCUGGUGGUGGCCUUGGCCUUGAUCUCAGUGCUCUUCCUCCUGGCAGUGAUUUUGGCUAUUGCCCUGCGCCUGAGGCACUCCUCCAGCAAUGAGGCUUGGGGCUGCUUUCAACCUGGUCUGUGCGCCAAGCCUGGACCUGUGAUUCAGCCCAACUACAUGAGUCAACUUGCCAUCCUGAAGCUCUAG